CAAAGCUGCGACUUUUAAGAGAAUUCCGCGUGCGCCCCGUGCCAUUACUCAGCCUUUUUUCUAUUGGACUCCGGCCGCACCGCCCUGAAUGAAAAGAACUGAAGAAGACAACAAGGAUAGUGUUUCUGUUCUGCCUUUGAAAAAGAAGGUGAAGGUGGAAACAGAAAGCGUGGAGCUUUGGGAUUCUAUCAGAUUCAGAGAAGACAAAUGGCAGGAUUUGUAUAAAAAGAUUCCAACUUUGGCAUCCGCUCCCUUCUUCUAUUGUAUCUUGUUCUGCCAUUUUCGCUUUAGAGACCAAAGCGGAAAUCAGAGGAAGCUGAAAAGCCAUGGAUGGGGAGAUUCGUACUCGGUUCAAGACAAUCUGCGUCUAUUGUGGGAGUAACUCCGGCAAUCGAGCCGUGUUUAGUGAUGCUGCUCUGGAUUUGGGUCGAGAACUGGUGAAGCGAAGAAUAGAUUUGGUUUAUGGUGGAGGAAGCGUGGGAUUGAUGGGUUUGAUCUCCCAAACUGUUCAUGCUGGGGGAUGUGAUGUUCUUGGGAUCAUUCCCUCUGCUCUUAUGCCUAUAGAGCAGAUAUCUGGUGAAACUAUUGGAGAAGUAAAAAAAGUUUCUGACAUGCAUGAGAGAAAGGCUGAAAUGGCCCGACGAUCGGAUGCCUUUAUUGCUCUUCCUGGAGGAUAUGGAACAAUGGAGGAGCUCUUGGAGAUGAUUACAUGGUCACAACUAGGAAUACAUGAUAAACCUGUUGGCCUAUUGAAUGUUGAUGGUUAUUACAAUCCCUUGCUUGCAUUAUUUGACAAAGGUGUAGAGGAAGGUUUUAUAAAGACAUCUGCAAGAGAGAUAGUUAUUUCUGCUGCAAAAGCAAAUGAACUGCUAGAAAAAAUGGAGCUAUAUACUCCGCGACACGAUCAAGUUGCAUCUCGGACAAGUUGGGAGCUUUCACAGCUUGGCUAUUCCAAACCACCAAUUUGACAUUAAUUUAUGAUUUUUCAAGCUAUCAUAUAUUAUAUUUGAUGUGAUUUUUUUAACAUAAUUUGUAUCUGAGAACAUACAAAUGAUUAUAAUUGCCCAUCAAAUGCCUUUCUUGCUGCUGAUUGAAAUUUCAAUAAAAUGAUCUCAGAGCCUCCUCCUUUGUAAACCUUGCAUGCCCAAGUUACUGAUUUUUUCCCUUAUUUAGUAAGAGAAGUUAAAUUCCAAAUGACCAGGCAUCAAUGUUCUGAUAUGAUAUUGCAUUAUUGAUUGCUUAAGAGUUUAUAUAUUAGUUGUAUCCUAUAAGGAGAUGUUUAAGUAUUUGUUAUGCAAUAAAUAUUUAUUUUAUC